AUGGCCUGUGCUACGCCAGACAUAGAUCCCAAGGUAGCACCAUUCCUGGGUAAAACUGGCUGGAAAGCAGAGAAGGGACUUGAUUAUUCCCUAUGCCAUUGCCAGGAUAAAGUACUGGAUACACUAGGCCCUAGUGCCAAAAUCUUUGUGCCUGUCGAAACAGCCUUAACUGAGGGGACACCGUUAGAUUUGUUAGCCAUUAGAGGCUGGGCACAGAGAUCCAUUUGUCUCAUCGGCAACACUAAUGCCACGCUAGUCACCAAGCGGCGCAAAACCAUCCUUAUGAAAAUAGAGCCCAAGCUCGUAAACAUGGCCCUCACCGAACCGGGACCACAAGCCAAAGGUCUCCUAUUGGGGGACAAUUUUGUUAAGGAGUUAAGCACUUACGUAAGCACGUUUACAGACCUAGACAAGGCACAGACAAACAUAAAGAGAGUGUUCUCUCCCAGAGUUUUUGGUGGGGCCGGCAGACACCGGGGCCAUCUGCCCGGCCGUUCAUCCAGCGGUUCAUAA